UAUGGAGAGUUGGGAGCAGAGAGCCGGGCAGGAACUAAGAGGAUGAUGGAACUACUGUGAGCAGAUGGUGGGGGAGGAGCAUGGAGGAGCAUCUGGAGGCUCCUCAGGCCCUCAGGAGGCGUGGUGCAGGCUGGCCUGGGGAGGGGCGGGAGAGGAGGAUGGGGCUGAGGCCAGGUAUGAAAUACGCAGGAUGUGGAUGUGACAGCAAGGGGUCAGGUGGACUCCUGCAGUCACUGAAGGACAGAGUGCUCGCCUCUAGUCUAGAAGUCAGGGAACUUAGGUUCAUGGCUCAGCUUGCUCAGUGGUCUUGGGCAAAUCCCUUCUGUCCGGACUCAGUUUCUCCUUAUGCACAAUGGGAGCAACCGUACUUAUGCCAGACCACGAUUAAAGACUAUGAAGAGGAUGAAUACUUCAUGGACCUGUCUCCCCUCGACUACAGGGAGCCCGAACCAACAGCUGCCAUGGCGUCACGCAUUGGGCUGCGCAUGCAGCUCAUGCGGGAGCAGGCACAGCAGGAGGAGCAGCGAGAACGCAUGCAGCAGCAAGCCGUCAUGCAUUACAUGCAACAGCAACAGCAGCAGCAGCAGCAGCAGCUGGGAGGGCCCCCCACCCCAGCCAUCAACACCCCUGUCCACUUCCAGUCACCUCCACCUGUACCGGGGGAGGUGCUGAAGGUGCAGUCCUACCUGGAGAACCCCACCUCCUACCACCUGCAACAGUCCCAACAUCAGAAGGUUCGAGAGUACCUAUCUGAGACCUACGGGAACAAGUUUGCUGCCCACGUCAGCCCAGCCCAAGGUUCCCCGAAACCUCCCCCAGCAGCAUCCCCUGGGGUGCGGGCUGGACACGUACUGUCCACCUCGGCCGGCAACAGUGCCCCCAACAGUCCCAUGGCCAUGCUGCAUAUCAGCUCCAAUCCUGAGAAAGAGUUUGAUGAUGUCAUCGACAACAUCAUGCGCCUGGAUAGCGUGCUGGGCUACAUCAACCCUGAAAUGCAGAUGCCUAACACGCUACCCCUGUCCAGCAGCCACCUGAACGUGUACAGCGGUGACCCCCAGGUCACAGCUUCCCUGGUGGGUGUCACCAGCAGUUCCUGCCCUGCUGACCUGACUCAGAAGCGAGAGCUAACAGAUGCUGAGAGCCGGGCCCUGGCCAAGGAGCGGCAGAAGAAAGACAAUCACAACCUAAUUGAGAGAAGACGCAGAUUCAACAUCAAUGACCGAAUCAAGGAGCUGGGAAUGCUGAUCCCCAAGGCCAAUGAGCUGGACGUGCGCUGGAACAAGGGCACCAUCCUCAAGGCCUCUGUGGAUUACAUCAGGAAGAUGCAGAAGGACCUGCAGAAGUCCCGGGAGCUGGAGAACCAUUCUCGCCGCCUGGAGGUGACCAACAAGCAGCUCUGGCUCCGCAUCCAGGAGCUGGAGAUGCAGGCACGAGUGCAUGGCCUCCCCACCACCUCACCGUCGGGUGUGAAUAUGGCCGAGCUGGCCCAACAGGUGGUGAAGCAAGAGCUGCCCAAUGAAGAUAGCCCAGGGGAGGCCCUGAUGCUGGGGCCUGAGGUCCCUGACCCUGAGCCGAUGCCGGCUCUCCCUCCCCAGGCUCCGCUGCCUUCAGCUGCCCAGCCACAGUCUCCGUUCCAUCACCUGGACUUCAGCCAUGGCCUGAGCUUUGGGGGUGGGGGCGAUGAGGGGCCCACAGGAUACUCUGAUCCCCUGGGGACAGAGCAUGGCUCCCCAUUCCCCAACUUGUCCAAGAAGGAUCUGGACUUAAUGCUCCUAGAUGACUCCCUGCUCCCCCUGGCCUCUGAUCCCCUCUUUUCUACCAUGUCUCCUGAGGCCUCCAAGGCCAGCAGCCGCCGGAGCAGCUUCAGCAUGGAAGAGGGUGAUGUUCUGUGACACUGGCUGCCCCUGUGCCAAGGAGCAGGGGCUGCCUGGGGGCUGAGAGGACUGGGCAGAGCCCUCCCACCCUUCAGGCAGCACUUGGUGUGAAGUAGCCGCCUAUCCUGCCUCUCUCCUUCCCCUUGGUUGCUCCCCCCACCCUGUUUGGACUUAAUGCCUGCCUGGCAGCUGAUGGGGCUGGAGAAGCCCUCCCCCUCGGCUUCGGGCCCCCUCCUCUGGCGGCAGUACUAUGACUAUGAUGGGGAAGAACAGGGGUGAAUCGGAAGAGAAAUAAGAAGAAACCCUGCUAGGGGAGCCCCCUCUUCUGAGCCUGGGCUCUCCCGUAAAGGACAUUUUGGAGAAGGGGGUGCAAGUACCUCUGAGGCAGCAGCUGGUCUGGGGGUGCCCAGGCCUGCCUUCCUGGGACUAGAUGGCUCCCAGCCUGUCCCCCCAACCUGAAUUCCCCCACAAGUGGGGCCUCCACCCCCCAUUUGGUGCUAACAGCUCUCCCCUGGUGGUGUGAGGGUGGGGUGGCCAGAAGAGGAGUCUGGGUUCAGGGUGGCAAGCACCCCCACCCCCAGACCUCCCACAUUGUGCCUUUAGUAAACACUGUGCUUUGUUGUCCUGGC